GUGUGUGCUGUUGGAAUCCAUGCAGCGGCUAACUGUACUGCCUCUUAAAUAGGAGCAAACAGACUCAUCGCUCGUGACUCUGACACCACUGAGACCAACGCUCCCUCUCCCGGACUGACAGGCCAAUCGCAGGACACCCCUCACUCUCUCAGUCGCUCUCUCUCUCUCACUGAUUCUCUCUCUCGCAUUCAUUCCUUUGCUCUCCAUCUCUCUCUCUGUCUGUAGCUAAGUCUCUCUACCACACCUUGUCCAGUGCAGAGGAACAGAAAGCCCCCUGCCCAGCCCAGGGAUAGCCAGACCGCUGAGAGGAUGAAACUCUGACAAGCCGACAGACCGCAGGGAAACGAGCACAACUGCCCACAGAUAAUUGGUUGAAGGGAGAGUCCAGGAAGGUCAGCCAAGAAAGCAGCCAUAGGUGCCAGUGUGAAAUCUACAGCAACUACAAUUACUUCAACAGUGAGCGGCUGGAACAAGGUGAAUGACAGACGCUGUUUCACACAGAGUGAUGCUGAGACUGGCUUAGGCUUGCAGCACCACUGAAGACUUACACGGCACUAGACAAUGACCAUUACCCCCAAGACCAGCGAACAGUGAUCUACUGACCUCUGAGACAGGUUGUAUCUGACAGAGAGAGGACCACCGCCACGCUCCAGCCCCGCUCCAACCCACUGGUUCGUUAGUAUCAACAGUGAGUGAAUCACCCAGCUUUGGCCCGUCCGGCGUUAACUGUACAUGGAGACCCCCAGCUGGGCAGGAAACACGUUGUGUAAAUCAGGAAGUAUUGCUGUCUUCGGGAACGUGGUGUACAGCGGGCUGCUCAACGAGCACCUCUGGCAUUUAGGAGUUCCCCUCUUCACGAGACUGGGUAACCAAGAGGCCACCAACCCCCCAGAAGCCAUGGCCCAGCCGUACACGCCUGCCCAGUACCCGCCUCCCCCACAGAAUGGCAUCCCGGCCGAGUUUGCGGCACCCCACCCCCUCCCCACGCAGGACUACACCGGGCAGAACAGGGUGCCCGAGCAUGCCAUGACCCUCUACACCCCCACACAGACGCACAGUGAGCCGCCGGGCACCGACAACAACACGCCCGCCAUCACCGCCAACACAACUGUACCGACAGAUGACGUGACGCAAUCAGAGGUCUCCCUGCAGCUCCAGCUGCAGCUCUCGGACUCCUCGGAGAAGCAGCAGCCCAAGAGGUUACAUGUCUCCAACAUCCCCUUCCGCUUCCGUGACCCCGACCUGCGGCAAAUGUUUGGGCAAUUUGGAAAGAUUCUAGAUGUGGAGAUUAUCUUUAACGAGCGAGGAUCCAAGGGCUUUGGGUUUGUAACUUUUGAAACGAGCACAGAUGCCGACCGUGCGCGGGAGAAACUAAACGGUACAAUCGUAGAGGGACGCAAAAUAGAGGUGAAUAAUGCAACAGCAAGAGUGAUGACAAACAAAAAAGUUGCCAAUCCGUACACAAAUGGCUGGAAGCUGAACCCUGUGGUGGGAGCUGUCUAUGGUCCUGAACUGUAUGCUGUAACAGGUUUCCCUUACCCGGCCACAGGGGCUACGGUGGCCUAUAGGGGUGCCCACUUGCGAGGCCGGGGGCGGGCUGUGUACAACACCUUCCGCACAGCACCUCCACCACCACCUAUUCCAGCCUAUGGAGCAGUGGUGUACCAGGAUGGCUUCUAUGGAGCAGAAAUCUAUGGGGGCUACGCUGCGUACCGAUACGCCCAGCCCACCACCGCUGCUGCCUACAGUGACAGCUAUGGCAGAGUCUAUGCAACAGCAGACCCCUACCACCACACAAUCGGCCCUGCCGCUACAUACAGUGUGGGGACCAUGUAAAUAACAAAGGCUGUGCUCAGUAUUGAUGGACAUCACAGAUGAAAACAACGAGAAGAGGAGAACUAGCUUUAAGAAACCAACAGGAGAAGAUGAGAAGGAGUCCAUCUACUGAGGCUGGUGAGGAAGGACGGGAGGCGUGCGUGUGGAGUGGUGCCGCGGCGGUGUCAAAACCAGCCACAAGCGCUACAGACGGAGUGAGCCAGUUUCCACCAGGGACCACCUUUGCCAGAUAGAAGAGAAAGACAACGAGAGAAAAAAGAGAGAAAGCAUCCUGUUAUUAUAACACAUUUUAUUUUUCUAUACUUUUGUGAUUUACAGCUUGUGAUUUACAAGUAAAAAUCUGUAUAAAACAGUAUAUAUGUACAUAUAUGUUUUUAUGUUUUUGGUAAGGAAGACGAACAGUUGGCCCUCGAUGCUGAUUCUGUGGUGGAGAGGGAGAGUACUUUCUGUGGGUCGGAGUCAAUGGUUAACUUCCAGCUGGAGGUCUCUACUAUGGUUACACUUUCUGUGUGCGGUCUUUUUGUGGUCUCACUGAUUCGCUUCCUUCCUUGCGCUGGUGCCACUGUUCCACUGUUCCACUUCCUGUUGCAGUGUCACUGGCCAGCUUCCUAUGGGUAGUCACUGCUGUUCUCUACUUCCCUGUGGAUACUGUCGUCAUGACUCCACUUCCUCCUGGCAGCACCACUGGUCCACUCUUCAUGGGCAGUACUGUCACUGGUCUACUUCCCUGUGGAUACUGUCGUCAUGACUCCACUUCCUCCUGGCAGCACCACUGGUCCACUCUCCAUGGGCAGUACUGUCACUGGUCUACUUCCCUGUGGAUACUGUCGUCAUGACUGCACUUCCUCCUGGCAGCACCACUGGUCCACUCUCCAUGGGCAGUACUGUCACUGGUCUACUUGUCUGUGGAUACUGUCGUCAUGACUCCACUUCCUCCUGGCAGCACCACUGGUCCACUCUCCAUGGGCAGUACUGUCACUGGUCUACUUGUCUGUGGGUAAGCCAGUAGAGAAAUGAGAUAAGUUCCUCCCCCAGCUCCCUUUCCUCUCCAAGCCCCAGCAGAGGUCUCUGAUUCACGACGAGAGAAAGAGAGUUUGAUGCGUUAGUCCCUGACUUUCCUCUCCUGCCAGGGUCAAAGCCCAAGCCUUUGUGUCUCUAUCUGCACCAGUGGACAAAGUAUCUCAAACAGACAGACCAACAAGCCAGGGUGCAUUUAACUAACGACGCACGUUUCCAGAGAAGAGAAAUACUCAUCAAUGUCCAUGUAACAAUUGAAUUAUAAUCGAAUAAUCUAAUUGUAAUACAUCAGCAGGUGCAUAACCAAAACACAAGCCUAAGGCAUAUGGACUAUGUCGCUUGAUAAACAUUAUAGAACUAGUGCCCAUCCAAUGGUAAUAAAGGAAUGAGGGCUGAAACAUGUCAAUUACAAUGUUGUUUUGUCAAUGUAUUCUGAGAAUAUUUAUUUGUGUGAUUUGCAGCACUGAAAACUUUUAAAGAAGAAAAAAACGUUUUAAUUUGUUGAAGCAACCUUACUUUAUAUCAGGAGAGUCACUGUAAACAUGUGUUUAAACAAGAAUGUUGGUUCAGUUCUUGAAUGUAUUUUAAUGUCUAGGGUGUCCAACAAGUAUGUAUUCUUUUUCUGUAUAUAAAUAUAUAUAUAUAUAUAUAUACAUAUCUAUUAUAUGGGCUGUGGUGGUGUCAGGGAGUAGAGGGGGUAGAUAAGGGGCACCCUCCUACAAGCUAUACCCCUGAUAUACUGUAACAUGUGAUCAUGUGUUAUAUGACUGAAAGUGUGAUGGUGAUUGUGUGAACUGAUCUUCCCCUCCCCUGCACUUAAAGAGAUUGGACAGGAUCUUAAGCACUUACAAAUUCGUAACAUGCUGUAUGAAUUGGAUUUCGUAAAACAUAUCAUGCACAUUCUUUUUGCAAGACAAAAUGGAUGACGUUGUACACAAUUGUGCACAGUCUUCGGGGACCGAAAAACUUCUGGCUGAAAUUAUAUGAAACCUUCAUAAUGCAUCUUUAAACAAACACACAUGAACACACACUCAAAUACAGAGAAUCACAGACACACGUUUUGGCCUAGAAAUAUGCUACAGAACUGCUUAACAACUUGCUGAUUGCCAACAGAUAACUUGUGCUCCAGAGAGUCAUUCACAACUACUCUGGCCCUGCAGGGCCUCAACUACUCUGUCCCUGCAGAGCCCCAACUACUCUGGCCCUGCAGGGCCCCAACUACUCUGACCCUGCAGGGCCCCAACUACUCUGACCCUGCAGGGCCCCAACUACUCUGAUCCUGCAGGGCCCCAACUACUCUGGCCCUGCAGGGCCCCAACUACUCUGACCCUGCAGGGCCCCAACUACUCUGACCCUGCAGGGCCCCAACUACUCUGACCCUGCAGGGCCCCAACUACUCUGACCCUGCAGGGCCCCAACUACUCCGACCCUGCAGGGCCCCAACUACUCUGGCCCUGCAGGGCCCCAACUACUUUCUCUUAGCUAUAUUACAGACACCCUUAUGGAAAUAACAUGUAUAUUCAUCAUCACAUUAAGUAACAGGUCCUGUUGAGGAAGGCAAUGAUCAUAAGCAGGUUUAGUGUAUAGAUGUAGAUUUGAUUGUGAGAGUUACAUAGUGUAUGUGGCUAACUAACUCCCAGUCAGUUUCAGGUGAAAUGUGAGUGUGAAGAAACAGCAGGUGGGAUGUCAGGCAGGCAGGCAGGCAGUAGGCCACCCUCCUGAUCUCUGUGUAGACUGCAAGUACCAGUCAUUAUCUUCCUGAGCCCUGAGCACAAUGGCUUGAGCUGUGACAUGAGCAGGAUAUCCCUCUGAGAGAGAGUUACUACUGUAUCACCCCCUCCCGUUCUACUGUGUGAGUCUACCGUCCCUUUUGUAUUCCUGAACCUACUGUACAUAAUAUCCCCGCUCCCCUCUGACUCCCAAAAUCUUGUAUUUUGUUCUAUAAUGACACAUUUAUUUAUAAGGAUUUUUUAAAUAUAACUCUUUCUCCUUUUUGUAAAUGUUCCAGUUAAAUAAAGUUCAAAAAUGUUAAAAAAUUCAAUGGAUAUAUUGAAAGGUAAAAGUCUCUAAAAGUCCCCUCUCCUCUGGCUCUGUGUUCUAAACUUUGUGUUCUUUAUUUCUCUUUCUGUAUGCUUCUCUUAUGUGCUUCAGAUUAAGAGUUCUAUUUAUUAUGACAUUAACGUUAUUAUAAUUAUGACUAAUUAUUAAUAUUAUCAUCAUCCUCAUCAUCAUCAUUAUUAUCAUGAAUAAACUUGUCUACUUCAACCAAAA